AUGUGCCCUCAACCUCAGCGAAGAAAUGUUCGCCAUGUCAACCUUCACAAUAUUAAGGUCGGAAAAGUCAGUGUCCAAUUCCCCAAGAGUGUGGACAACAAUCAUCCAGACUGCCUUUUUCAUAUCAGCAAGAGUGGUAUAAGAAUUCAUACUACGGUGACUAGAAACCCUUCAACAGUUGUUGCCUUCAUCAGGUUCAUCUGGAAAAAGUAUCUUAAUCUUGCCAAGUGUCGUGUUGUCGGCCUUGACUGUGAAUACACUAGAUAUGUCCACAACAAAGAGCGUAAGAAGCUUCCACUUGAGCAACAACUUGCUCUCUCUAAUCAAGAGCCACAACGUGCUGCUGUCUUGCAGCUUUGUGUGGGCAAGCAUUGCCUAAUUUACCAGCUAUACCAGGCUCAUGCUAGGAGUUUUACCCCUCCACUUCUGUGCAACUUCCUUUACAAUGAGACAGUCGAAUUUGCGGGUGCCGCCAUUGGCAAUGACAUAGAAAAACUCAAGUUCUAUAACUUGGGUAUCAAAAAACCUGUUGAUGUGCAGGGACUGGGUAUCAAGGUUCCUAGCCAAAAAGCAGGCAAUUUGGCUUCAUUGGAGAAGCUAGCAAAGAAGGUUGCAAACAUAAGUCUUAAUAAGGACAAAAGCAUCACUGUCAGUUAG